CUGGGUCGUAGCCCUGCCGCCCUUGGACAUGGCCCUGCUUCAACAGCCAGGUCCGCACCGGUGGACGCCAAGAGUCCAGUCAGAGCGCAGAGUCCCCGGAGGACAUCCGGACGGGGUGCAAGAACAAUCUCAGGAAGAGUACUGUGUCUUCAUGUAGAAUUUAUAAAGUUACCAAGCUGACUUCAUGGAAUUCAGGAAUUCAGAGGAAAUGUUCACUGAGGGGGAAAACACCAUUAUUUUUCUUUAACUUUGAGCUCGUGCUUGUCCAGGCAUGCUUAUGAUUGCGGCGCUUGUAGACAGUUAAUCUCUUGAGAUCACGACAAAAACCUGUCUUACCGUCACCGGGAUGCCAAGAGCGGAGGUAUUUUCCUCCAGCAAUGAAUUCCUCAUUUCACCUGCAUCUUUUGGAUCUUACCCUGAAUGCCACGGGAGACAGUCUUUUGGGAUCAAAUGUCAAGAACAAGUCUUCGCCCUGUGAGGACAUGGGCAUCGCCGCAGAGUUCUUCCUAACUCUGGGUCUAGUCAGCCUCCUAGAGAACGUCUUGGUCAUCAGCACGGUCGUAAAGAACAAGAACUUGCACUCACCCAUGUACUUCUUUGUGUGCAGCCUGGCGGUGGCUGACAUGCUGGUGAGCUUGUCCAAUGCUGGGGAGACCAUCGUGAUCUACUUAAUUACCAAUAAGCACCUGGUGAUGCCGGACGCCUUUGUGCGUCACAUUGACAACGUGUGUGACUCCAUGAUCUGCAUUUCUGUGGUGGCCUCCAUGUGCAGUUUGCUGGCCAUUGCAGUGGACAGGUAUGUCACCAUCUUCUAUGCCCUGCGCUACCACCACAUCAUGACAGCGAGGCGCUCAGGGCUGAUCAUUGCCUGCACCUGGACCUUUUGCACAGGCUGUGGCAUCAUCUUCAUCAUUUACUACGACUCCACUUACGUCAUCAUUUGCCUCAUCUCCAUGUUCUUCACCAUGCUGUUCCUCAUGGUGUCUCUGUACGUACACAUGUUCCUGCAGGCUCGGACCCAUGUCAAACGGAUGGUAGCCACACCCAGAUACAGCUCUGCAAGGCAAAGGACCAGCAUGAAGGGUGCCAUUACCCUCGCCAUGCUGCUAGGGGUUUUUAUUGUGUGCUGGUCUCCCUUCUUCGUCCACCUCAUCCUAAUGAUCUCAUGCCCUCAGAACAUCUAUUGCUCUUGCUUUAUGUCUCACUUCAACAUGUACCUCAUCCUCAUCAUGUGUAACUCUGUGAUCGAUCCACUCAUCUAUGCCUUCCGCAGCCAGGAGAUGCGGAAGACCUUUAAAGAGAUCAUUUGUUGCCAUGGCCUCAGACUAAAUUGUCAGCUCCCCAGCAGGUACUGACGUGACAUUCUCCUCUCUGGGCACUCAUUUCUCAAAAUCGGUUUGGUAUAGCCCAGGGGCUAGCAAGAUCACUAGGAACCUCAUGUGCAUUCCUUUUUCUCUCUUUUCCAGUUCAAAUUAGUGCUGAAGAAGAAACACUCCUUUAUUUCUUGGUGGCCAUUGUAUGUCAGAAGUAUUCACGCAUUACUUACAUAUUUUGGGAAUGGUCUGUGUCUAUGUGUCCUUUUGUCAUCUUACUCCCUUUCUGCUCCCAUUUCUGGGUCCCCAACCAUCCUCCACUUGGUCAGUAUGUCCUUAGGAAAUGUAUGACAUCCUGAGUGACAAUCUAAGCAUGAUGAACAGGCUGUGAUGGAAAUAAACACUGUGGAUAUAUAUAUCAUGUAUGAUUGCUUUGUUCUACCCUAAAACAGCCCCUUACUUUGCUGGAUCCUCCUGGAGUUUUACUUGCUGGUCAAGGAAGAAGAGACACCCAGAUCCUUUCCAUCUGAAAACUUCAUGUUCAUUUGUUGUGACUGUCUCCACACCUCUCAUUUCCUACACUUUUGGUUUUAUGACUUGCAUUUGGAAUUACCUGGGGAACAAUAUUCCCCAAUUAUGCUUUUGCCCGUCAUAGUUUUAUACUUUCCCAGACAAAAAAGUUUAUGCCACAAACCUUGCUUCAUGUGUUGUGAAUAUCUGUGACUUUUCAUUACUGUCCUAUUCGGGCUCCACUAAGGGUUCCCACAUGAAAAUUUGGGGAUCUAGUCAAGGGCAAUGGGUGAACACCUGCUCUCACCCUAUAGAAAAGAUACUCUGGCUUUUUCACAUGAGGUCUGUCUUGAUGUCUGAAGCCUUGCUGCUGUACUCUUUACAGCAUUUUAAUCUAAUUCUAGCAGCCACCAAAGUUCAGGGGUCCCAUCUUUGACCAGGGAACCCAUCUUCUCCAAUCCAGAAUGGAGAAAAGAAGAGUCAAGCUCAGGUCCCAACUUUGCCACUCACUUGCUAAGUGGCCUUAAUCAUCUC